AUGGCAAGUGUUUUUCGACGAUCCAUAUACCAAGUGGUGAAUAAAGGGAAAUUAUCACUACAUUCAUCUAGGCCAAAAACUACAGAAGCAAAUAUACUUAAGUCAAUUCAUAAAGAUAUAAAAGUAACUAAUCAAACAGUGAGGGAUUUCACAUGGCAGAAUUUGGAUAGGUGGCCAGAUAAAACUUGUACUGUAUGUGCUGUAACCGGCCAUGGGUAUACUUACGCGCAAACAUACAGAAUGUCGAUUUCAUUCGGCGCUUCCUUACGUAAUAAGUUGAAAUUGCAAAAUGACGAUACGGUCGCAGUAAUCUUACCUAAUGUACCGGAAUAUCCAUGUGUGGUGUUAGGUAUUAUGGAGGCGGGGGGAAUAGCAAGUAUGAUGAACCCAGUAUACACAGUUCAUGAAUUAAAACGCCAACUAGAAUUAAUUGAAUGCAAAGCGAUUGUAUCUUCAAAAUUAUCGUACCCCAACAUAGCGCUAGCUUUAAAAGAAAUGAAAGUUAAAAUCCCUGUUAUAUUAAUAGAUAACGAUAAUUUACCAGAGGGUACUAUUAAAUUUGCUGAAUUUGCAGAAGAUUUGACAGUAAAUACUGAUUGUUUGAAAACUGUAAAUAGAAAAAGAAAAGAUGUGGCUAUUAUGCCAUUUUCAAGCGGAACUACAGGGUUCCCUAAAGCGGUAGUCUUAACGCAUGAAGGUGUUAAUGCGAUGAAUGAGAUGUUUUUUUCACCUGAUGUUGUUGCUGUUCAAGAAGCUACUGCAUCAUUCCAGUCCGUAAUACCAGCAGUGUUGCCAUUUUUCCAUAUAUUUGGUUUUAACGCACUUUUAAUAAAUUUAAUGGGGAGAGGCGCUAAGUUGGUAACAAUGCCUACUUUCAAGCCUGACUUGUUUCUGGAUUCUCUAAUACGCUUUAAAGCAAAUCAUUUGUAUGUUGUACCACCUAUGGUAUUUUUCUUGGGUAAACAUCCAGCCGUUACGCCUCAUCAUCUAGAAUCUGUCCAAGGCAUGGUGUGCGGUGCUGCUCCUGUAUCUAAUAACGACGCGGCCGCUGUUUUAAAUAAAAAUAAAAAUAUAAUAUUUCGACAAGGCUAUGGUCUAACAGAGACCAAUGGGGGUGUAUCUGUUGGUAACAACAUAGAUACGAAUCACUCGGCAGUUGGUCACGUGUUUGCGAGCGGGGAAGUGAAAAUUGCGGAUCUGAACACCUUAGAAGCUUUAGGACCCGGACAGGAAGGAGAAAUAUGGUAUCGAGGACCAAAUUUAAUGGUUGGUUAUUAUAAAAACGAUAAAGCAACUAAAGAAGUGAUCACCGACGACGGAUGGUAUAGAACCGGCGAUAUCGGAAAAUAUGAUGAGAAUAAAUAUUUAUAUGUCACUGAUAGAUUGAAAGAACUUAUUAAGGUAAAAGGCUUCCAAGUACCACCUGCAGAAUUGGAAAUGAUUAUCCGAAACCAUCCCAAAGUUCAAGAUUGUGCUAUAUUAGGUAUCCCAGACCCUAUAACCGGGGAGGUCCCUAAAGCGUUUGUAGUUCUUCAACCAGGUCAAGACUUAAAAGGCAAGGAAAUCCUGGAUUUUGUUAAUAGUCAAGUUGCUUCUUUCAAAAGAAUCAAAGAAGUUCAAUUUGUUGACACCAUACCUAAGAAUCCAUCGGGGAAGAUAUUACGAAAGGAUUUGAGAGCUAAGUAUUGU